AUGUCUCGCAAGCUCAAAGUCGGUAUCGCCGGUCUCGGCCGCAUGGGCGCUCGUCACGCUCAUCACUUCCACGCCCUCACUCCUCGCGCCGAUCUCAUCGCUGCUUCAUCUCCAGAUGCCAGCGAGCUGAAAUGGGCCAAUGCCAACCUUGACGGUGUCAACACCUACCUCAAUUUCGAUGAGAUGCUCGAGAAGGAGACUGGUCUUGAAGCUGUUAUCAUCGCCUCCGCCACCACUGUCCACGCCGAGCAAGCCAUCAAGGCCAUUCGCAAGGGUCUCCACGUUCUCUGCGAGAAGCCUCUCAGCACUAAUGUCGAGAUCUCUCAAUCAGUCGUUGACGCUUACAAGGACUCGCGCAAGAAGUUCCCCAACCAGAAAGUCAUCUGUGGCUUCUCCCGACGAUUCGAUGCCUCCUACCGCGACGCUCAUCAGAAGAUGAAAUCCGGCUUGAUCGGCCGCCCUGCCGUCUUCCGCUCUCAGACCUGCGACAAGCUCGAUCCCUCGGGCUUCUUUGUUGAGUACGCUCAGUUCUCAGGCGGCAUCUUCGUCGAUUGCUCUAUCCACGACAUCGACUUGGCUCUUUGGUUCUACGGCGAAGACUCGAUCGUCAAGUCCGUCAGUGCAGUUGGCAUCACCGCUGUUUCACCCGAGCUUCGAAAGUACAACGACCGUGAUAACGCUGUUGGUAUUGUCGAGUUCUACGGUGGCAAGAUCGCCUACCUCUUCUGCAGUCGAAUGAUGGCCGCCGGUCAGGAGGAUAGUACCGAGAUUAUCGGCACCGAGGGCAAACUUGCCGUCAACACUCAGCCUCAAUCUAACCUGGUCAACAUCUACGAAGCCUCUGGCAUCCGCCGUGAGAUUCCUCCUCACUACUACGGUCGAUUCCGUGACGCCUUCAUCACCGAGGCCAACGAGUUCACCGCCUGCUGUCUUGACAACACCGAACCUCCAUUCCGUUUGGAAGGUGCAGUCAGUGCCGUUAAGAUCGGCUGUGCUUUGCAGGAGAGUCUACUCUCCGGCAAUAAGAUCAACUUUGAUGAGGUCGGCCGCCGCAUCCCGAAGCCUCAGGACGGCCAGUUGAAGGCGAAGCUGUAA